GUGACGAUGGAUUUGAUGACUGGACAUUAUGGGAUUGCUUCUCGUCUUUUUUGCAUUUGGGUAAUUUUUAUCGAUCAAGGUGUGUGGUCCUUCGUGCGGUGCUUCAUUUUAACUACUGGAACUAACGAGCUUGCAAAUUGAAUUGCAAAGCAGGCGAUUUAACGUCGAGCAUCGUAAUCGAACGAGAGGUCACCGUCGGGUGUAACCCGCAUAUGCAGAACUGAACCUUAUCAGCUAUCAGUUUCAGCGCGUAGGAUGCUAGUCAGUUGGUUAAUAUAUUCAGUUCAAACCCAUCACAGCAUCAUGAAGAACGCGAUUUUGUACCUACUGCUGGUGACGGUAGUUUCAGUAACAGCGACCUUUGCACAACAGUUUAGGUCAUUUCAUCGAACGCGAAAACCACCGGCUUCUUGGUGUGGAGUUCGUAAAAUCACAAGUCGGGGUCUGAUUGUCGGUGGCUCGGAAACUAUCCCCGGUGAGUGGCCAUGGCAUGCUGCGGUUUAUCACGUCACCGAAGGAGGCCGUUCGAGGGAGUACAAAUGCGGUGGAACGUUGAUCAACUCCGGUUACCUGCUGACUACGGCUUCCUGUGCAUUGUACGGUCGCGGUAAACCGGAAGGAGCAAUCGUCGUGGAGCUGGGCCAGUUCAACCUAGUGGAAUCCUUCGCCGGAAAGGUUGAUGCGAUUGUUAGCAAUGUUUCGAUUCACGAACAGUACGUUCACGGAGAAACAAUGAACGAUGUGGCAGUUAUGCAGUUGAAAAAUGCGGUGCAGUUUACGGACUACGUUCAACCGGCUUGCCUGCCGGUGGCGUCGGAGAACAUUGAGCAUUAUGAGGGUAAAAAUGGAACGAUCGUAGGUUGGGGUUUCGAGCAGGCCGGGAAGCUAUCGGAAAAGCUGAAAACGGCGCAGGUUCCUGUCAUUUCUUAUUUGCAGUGCCUCAAGAGUGAUCGGGAUUUCUUCUCACGAAAUCUGAAUUCUGGGAUGUUCUGCGCCGGAUUGCUGAAUGGAACGGCGCCUUGUUUCGGUGAUGCCGGUGGUGGGAUGUUCUUCCAGAAUGGUAAAGUAUGGAUCCUACGCGGAAUCAUUGCGUUCACUGGUCGGGUCUAUACGGAAACCGGCGGUUGCAAUACCGAGCAGUAUUUCGGACUGGUGAAUGUCAUUCAUUUUAUGCCCUGGAUUGAGGAGACAAUUGCCCGCUGGAAUGCAUCAAUCGUGCCUGCGGUUGUUCAAAAUAAGUCCCAGCAGCAGCGUUGGUAGCAUUUGUAAACGAUAAAAUCUAGCGCUCCAAAUUGGUGCGAAUUCCGGGCUUGAAACUGUUUGUGUGUAUAGGUAUGCAAGAGUGUCUGUGACUGUGCGUGGCUUCCAAUCUGUGCGCGCCGCUUGUUCGCUUUCUGUACUCUUGCGUAACUAAUAACAACAAUAUUUUGAUUAUGCCCAUUUUGGAAGGAAAGAGGCAAAAUUUAAAGCAAAUUAUUGUUAUUUAUCCGCUUUAGCCUUCUUUUCAUUUCAACUUUUCGUUUUCUGUUUCUUCGCGGCUCUCCGGUACAAUUUCCCUCUCACUACCGGUGUCCGGUGUCGGCUCAGUUUCGUAGUGCAGCGAAUUCCGAAUGGUUCGACACAGAGUUUUAAAUUGUAUUUCUUAUUUUGAUUCGGUUGCGUAGUUAAGUAGACGAAAAACAAGAAUUUAUUGUUUUUAAUAGUACGGUGAAAUACUUCAGCUCAACACAACAUGACUCACAAAUUCAUCCAAUCCUAUUAGUCUCAUCCGCUGUAGACUCAUCUUCGACAAGCAAGAUAACACGAGUAAUUCACUAAAGUAAGUGAAACGUCCCUUGAGAUCUACUAUUGUAAUUUAACAGAAAAUAAACGAAUCAUUGUUAAAUUUCAGACGCUGAGAUUAAAAAUGCACGAUACGCUGGUCACUGAAUCUAGAACGACGUACACUACAAAAUCACAUAUUUCUUUCCCAGAGAACAUCAC